AUGCUUUUAUACUUAACUUACUCCAUUUUUUUUUUCCCGAUAUUAUUUCAAUGUAUAUAUAACUACAAAUUUAUAAGACCUUUUAACUCCUUGGAAAAAAACUUUUUCGAUAAAAAUGGAAGCACUAUAGACCUUGGCAAUGGGGCACUUAAAAAAAAAAAAAAGAUCAAGGGCAAAAGAACUUUUCAGUUUAACAUGGUAAAGAAGUUUACUUACGCAAGGGAUCCUUUUGACCCCCAAGAGUAUUUGAAGGACAUUCCAUAUAAGGAUGAAUUGGACAGAAUACAAAUUAGAGGAAAAAAGAUUGAGAUGCGGUCUAUAUUCUCACCUAACGGUCACUUAAUGCCUGCCACCUUAAUUGAAAUCAUACCAAAUAUAAUAUAUAGAUUUUUAGAUUUUGGAAAAGUUGGCAUUGCAUAUGGUAAGCCAUUAGAUGAAAGUAGAUGGAUAUUAAAACCAGAAAUAGGCCAGAUUGCUAAAGUAGGCUGUAAUUUUAAAAAUACUUGUAGCUUAACCUUAACACCUCCUCAGAAUUUUGUACUAGGUCAAAUUAUCGAUGUUUCUUAUUUAUAUAAUUAUAAAUAUGUAAAUGUCAGAGGGUUAUCAAAAGGAAAAGGUUUUUGUGGAGUCGUCAAAAGAUGGGGCUUUAGUAGAGGUCCAAUGUCACAUGGAAGUAAGCACCAUCGUAAGACUGGGUCAAUCGGGGCGUCCACACAUAUUGGUAGAGUCCUGAAGGGAAAGAAGAUGCCAGGAAAACACGGAAACAAAUUUAGAACUAUGAUAAAUUUAAAAUUAUUAGGUUUGAAUCUAGAAAGGAAUGAGAUAUUGGUAAGUGGGUGCAUUCCAGGAAAUAGAAAUUCAUAUGUAACAGUAACAGCAUCGAAAGAUAACAAAGUUAACAAAUAUAAAUACAUACUUGAUUUGUUAUAUGAACAAGAAAAAAAUGUAAAAUAG